AGCAGCUGCCCCUCAAAAUGGUCUCUGCACAGCCCUGUACAAAUGCAUUUAGGGUGUUACUCGCUUUCCUUGAUCAUUUAGAUAGCAACAGGGUUGACAGAAAGGAGCGAUUUCCGGUUAAGUAAAAAAAAAACGACUCGGCGAAUACUCCACCAUUACUUGUUGCAUUUGGAGCCACACUCCUUACCACAAGAUGGCGCUCCAAAUGCGUUUACGGAGAAGUCAAAAAAGAAGAAGAACUCAAAAGACAGAAGAAGAAUAAAACCAACGAAGGACAACGCUUCACAGCACCGUCGCCUUUCAGAACAUGUUUAGGAUUUGACACAUUCACAGUCGAAGAUAAAAUCAGUCAGACGUUCGUUUUAAGUCAGGAUUGAAAUGGCGGCGCAGGGUGGAAUGUUGUUACAUCACAAGGUCAGCAGGUUGCUGAGCAAAGAGAACGGGAAACCUGUUCUCAAACCCAACAAACCUCUUAUCCUCAAAGAUGGCGUGGCUAAUCGCAAACCAAAGAAAGGAGAGGCGACCUGCAUCACAGAGCUGUCAGUCAUGAUGGCGUGUUGGAAGCAGAACAACUUUGUGGACAGCCUGUGCUCCAGAGAGAUGGGCGACUUCUACACGUGUGUUCAAAAGACCCGGGCUGCAAUGAAGAAUACGUCAGGACAGACGAGUCUUUCCGGAGGACGUUUGCUUCCGAAACAGGCCACCACCCUAUUGAAGAGAUACCCCAACAUACUGGCUGAGAUCUAGCGACCUCGUAAUAUUGACUUUCUAGAUCAUUGUUGUUUUAUAUAUUUUUUGAUAUGUCUAAUCGUUGGGUCAUGGAAAAAAAAACCACCAUGUCACACCGAAUAGGUUUUAGACAAAAUGAUGAUUGAGAUCCUUGCUGCCUUCUGGAGAGAUCUGGGGAUCUUUGCCUGGUAAAAGCUAAGAAAGAUAUCACAUAUCCUACGAAUGGAAAAUGAAAAGUGGCUCAGCAGAGAGCACCAUCAGAAGUUGAUCAAAUAAAUAUAAAACAGUGUAUCGUUCGAUACAAA